UCGUCAUCAUCAUCUUCAUCAUCAUCAUCAUUAUCAUCUUCAUCAUUGUCAUCAUCGUCGACACCGUCACCGUCAUCGCCAUCAUCAUCAUCAUCAUCAUCACUAUCAUCAUCAAAUUCACCGCCAUCAUCAUCAUCAUCAUCAUUAUUG